UUAAACCUAUUUCGUGUUGCGUGUUUCAUUGAAAAUGAAAUAUGUAUAUAUAUUUAUGUACAUACAUACAUACAUUCUAAAAAACAUUAAAAAACGCCAUUUUUUAAGUAAUGCAAGUUGCAAGAUGGUGUUAAAGUUCUCUGCUGCGUUAUUAGUUUUGCUAUUGUUGUGCGUCAACGGUCAGCGUAUCAAUGUUUUACUUGACCAGGGACCCAUAAUGGGGCUAAAAAUAUUUCCGGACAGCUCACGGACCGCUGUAUAUGCAUUCCUUGGGGUGCCAUAUGCACAACCACCUAUCGCCGAACUUCGCUUCGCGCCCCCUUUAGCACACAAAGGUUGGGAUCGGACUUUACUGGCUAUGAAUAUGCGCCCUCUUUGCCCACAACCCUCAAAUACAAUAUAUGACGAAAAACCAGAUGGGACCUUACCCACAGAGGUUACAACGGAUGAAGAUUGUUUAUAUUUGAACAUUUGGGUGUCCGAGACUGAAAAUACUGGCAAGAGAGCUGUACUGGCACUUAUCACCGGAGAGGAUAUGGCAUACGAUUGGUCUCAAAAUCGUGUAUCUGGCGUAGAUUUUGCCCUAGAGGAUGUUGUUGUGGUCUCUAUACAAUAUCGAAGUAGCAUAUUUGGCUGGAUAGCUACAGAUAAUGGAGUGUUAUCAGGAAAUUUUGGCCUGCAAGAUCAACGGCUAGCACUUCUUUGGAUAAAACGCAAUAUAAAACAUUUUGGAGGAGAUCCAGAUCAAAUAACACUGCUGGGGCAUGGCACAAGUGGUGCGCCUUGCGCUCUAUCUCAUGCGCUCAUAAAACCAGCUGAUGAACCGAAACUUUUCUCUAGGCUAAUACUUAUGUCUAGCGGUGAUUUAAUAGAAUCUUUAAAGACUGCAUCACCAAUAGUGGAAGCUUCGAAUGUGCUAAUUACCAAGCUGGGUUGCCAAUUCGAAAAACCAAACAUCCAAAUUAUACAUUGUCUGAGGUUAAAAAGCGUCAGUGAUCUUCUGAAUGCCUUUGAGAGUAUAUACGAUCAUGGCAAUGGUACUUACCACAUUGGGCCUAUCUUACCAAUGGCUUUCGAGGAUUUCUUAGAAAAUCGAACCAUAUCACAUGCACUGCCUCCCAUCCUCAUCGGCAUAACAUCUAAUGAGGGCGCUUUUGUAGAACAGCGGUGGUUAAAUUUAGCACGGGAAGGCUAUAGAGCAAUUCGCCAUUAUGUGAAUUAUACUUUGGUACCAAGUAUUUUACGAAGGUUCAAUGAAAAAUUAAGAUCUAAAGCGAAAUACGCUCUAAAUUGGUUCUAUUUUAGUGGAGAGGCUAGUGAUAGUGUCAAACACCUUUUAUAUAAAAUGCAACGACUUAUAUCUGAGUAUUUUUUCGAAAUACCUUUCUACCGAACACUCAACAUCCUGAACUCUAAAGAUUCUAGGAAUGCUUCGCCAGUAUAUGCAUAUGUUUUCGAUACCUCGAAUUCCAUGGACAUCCGUGGAAAAGUAAACUUGUUCGGCGGCGCAUCCCAUACAUCAGACUUACUUUUGCUGCUUGGACCCAGCAUAUUUCAGCAAAUAUGUAGAAGGCGCUUAUCUAUAGAGGAAGAUCGCCUUUCUCGAAAAUUUCGAAAUAUUCUUAUAAACUUCAUAAAAAGUGAAAUAACAAAACCUACUCUCGUUUAUAAGCCAAACGAUUGGCUGCCAUAUACAAAAGAACACCAAUUCAUUUAUUACAUUGGCGAGACAGAUAAAGAUAAUCAAUUGGAAAAAAGUAUAUAUUAUUUUUCAAAUUUUGAUAGAAACGCAAAUGAAAUUAAUAAAAUGUUGCAAGUUGUUAAAGAAAUUCCAGAGAAUGGUUUCUCGAGGAUGAAUCGGAAUAAUAAUGUAAGGAUUGAUAAUAGCCAAACGAAGUUCUAUUUAACGAACAGAACAGAUAACGUAUAUGCUUUGCACUUAAGACGAGUGCACGACUUUUGGCACAUUUUUAUUCCGAAUACAUCAAUCUACGAUGACCAAAGUGAUAAUGAUAACAUUAACGUCCCAUUAGGUUGGCGGAAUCAGUUAAAGGAAGCUACAGCUGACGCAGUUCGAUACCGAAAGGGAUUCUUUGUUCUAUUAAGUCUCAUUGCAGCUCUUUUAGGUAUUUUAGCACUCUGCGUGUAUGUUCUUCAUCGGGAUCAGAUUCGUGACCGAUCACACACAUCGGUACUGCGGUUAUGACGACGAUGGAUUCAGAAACCCAUGUGGUUUCGAACAACCCUUACGUCAAUUAUAGACAACAAUAAUAGCCACAAGUCCGAAAACUUCUCUUUUACUAACAGGGGUCACGAAUCCACAAGAGAUAUAACAAAACGUGGGAAGGAAAGCGGGGACAACCAGUUCGAUGGGUGUGAGAAGGAAGACGUCUUGAGAAAUAAAACUGACAACAUUCAACCAAAAUAUACAAUUAAACAUUGGCAAUAUGAACUGACUUGCGAUAAAUUUUAAUUUUUA